AUGAAACACAACAACACUGAAUGGAUUAAUUGUCAUAAUAAUGAUAUUGAUGAGGAUGAAGAAGAAGAAAUGAUCAGUAGAGCACAAGACUACUAUUUUGAGGCACGAUAUGAUGAUGCAAUAGAAAUAUUGAACAAUAUAGAAAAAAAGGAUGGAGCAAUUUAUCAAAUGAUUGUGAUGUGUUAUUGUGAGAAGAAGGAAUAUCAAAAAGCAUUUGAAAGUUCAAGAAAAUGGAGGGGUAUUGCUAAACGAGACACCGCAUUACAGAGCAGAAAAGCAUUAAUGAAUACAUCAUAUUUGUGUGAUGAGAAAGAGACUAUGAGAGAGGUGAGUGAUAAAAUGAUACAAUGGAAUGAGGGAUUGAUUGAUGUAAUGUUGUUAAGAUUAGACAUGUUUCCUGAUGAGAAAGACACCAUCAUUGCUACAAUUGAAAAUAAAAUUAAGACAAAUGAAGUGAAAGAAGAAGAAGUGAAAAUACUCUCAGAAAUGUUAAGCGUGCUCAAUGAGAACCAAAACAAAGGAAAUGACUAUAUGAAUGAGAUAGGAGAACAGGCAUAUACCUAUGGAGUAUUAACUAAAGUAGUGAUGCUUAUCAAUGGAAUUUGUGAUAAUGACAAAACAGAAUGUCUUACAAUGUGGAAAAGUCUUGAGAAUAAAAAUAACCAAAUAAUUAAUUCAAUUAGAAUGUUGGAAGGAACAUUUGUUGCAGAACAUGGAAUUCAUAUGGUACUUAGAAAACAUGGGAAAAUGAAAGAAGAAGUUGAAUAA